AUGGCUCGUUUGGGUAUACGUAGAACUGCUGAAAGAAGAAAAAAGAUUGUGGCUGCUUUGUCUGUUUUUUUAGAGAUGUAUACUGCUGUUAGUGCUUUCAUACUAUUAAUGGCAUCAGCUGCAUCUCUCAAUAGUUAUAGGCCAAGCACUAGGCGUUAUUCACUUGAGAGUUAUCCUAAACGAGAGUAUGUUCGACGGAUUUUGAAUAAUAAUGAGUCAUGCAUUUCACUACUUAGGAUGAAUUUGCAAGGUUUUUACAAACUAUGUGAAAUGUUAGAGAGCUUAGGAGGAUUAAAACCAACAAGGAACAUAGCUAUUGAUGAACAAGUAGCAAUCUUCUUGCAUAUUCUUGCUCAUCAUGUUAAAAAUCGAGUCAUUCAAUACAAUUUUAGAAGGUCAGGUGAGAGUAUCAGUCGGACGUUUCAUAAAGUGUUGAAUGCCAUAAUGCAUUUGCAAGGUCAUUUGUUUAGAACACCCGAACCCGUUCCAACAAAUUGUACCGACAAUCGAUGGAAGUGGUUUAAGAAUUGUUUAGGUGCUUUAGAUGGGACAUUUAUCAAGGUUAAUGUGUCAAGUUCUGUUAAGAUUAGAUAUCGAACUCGUAAGGGAGACAUUGCAACAAAUGUUUUAGGUGUGUGCACUCCUGAUAUGCAAUUUGUAUAUGUUCUAAGUGGUUGGGAAGGAUCAGUGGCGGAUAGUCGAGUUCUUCGUGAUGCAAUUAGUAGGACACAUGCAUUGAAAGUGCCACAUGGUUGCUAUUACCUAGUUGAUGCUGGUUAUACAAAUUGUGAGGGCUUUCUAGCACCUUUUAGGGGCCAAAGGUAUCAUUUGAAUGAAUGGCGUCAAGGUUAUCAACCUACAAACCCGCAAGAAUUUUUUAAUAUGAAACAUGCAGUUGCCCGUAAUGUGAUUGAGAGGUGUUUUGGGUUAUUAAAAAUUAGAUGGGGCAUUCUUAGGAGCCCAUCAUAUUACCCUAUAAAGACACACAAUCGCAUUAUUAUAGCAUGUUGUUUGCUCCAUAAUUUUAUUAGACAAGUGAUGCAAUUUGAUCCUAUGGAAAGUGAACUUGAUGAGUUUGAUCCAGCUGAAGGUGAAAUGAAUUUAAUAAAUACAGUUGAUCCAUCUGAUGCUUGGACAAAUUGA